CCGGCAGGGGUGGGGGGGGGACUGGGCGGGGCAGGUGGCCCUGGGUGUUUCCGUUGCCCGGAGCAGCCGUCGGAGCCCUCCCGCUGCAUCCCUGCCUGGUCCGCGCGCUGCGCUCCACUCCGCUGCUCGCCCGCAGGCUCUGUCUCUCUGUCUGGCCGCACCCCUUUCCCGGACCUGAGCAGUCGCCAUGGCACAGGUUCUCAGAGGCACCGUGACCGACUUCCCCGGGUUCGACGAGCGGGCGGACGCUGAGGCGCUCCGGAAGGCCAUGAAGGGCCUGGGCACCGACGAGGAGACCAUCCUGACCCUGCUGACCGCCCGCAGCAAUGCACAGCGCCAGGAGAUCACGGCCGCCUUCAAGACGCUGUUCGGCCGGGACCUCCUGGACGACCUGAAGUCGGAGCUGACCGGGAAGUUCGAGAAGCUGAUCGUGGCGCUGAUGAAGCCCUCCUGGCUGUACGACGCCUACGAGCUGAAGCACGCGCUGAAGGGCGCCGGCACGAACGAGAAGGUGCUGACGGAGAUCAUUGCCUCCAGGACGCCCAGAGAGCUGGCGGCCAUCAAGAAGGUUUACGAAGAAGAGUACGGCUCCAGCCUGGAGGAUGACGUGGUGGGGGACACCUCGGGCCACUACCAGAGGAUGCUGGUGGUGCUGCUGCAGGCCAACAGAGACCCCGACACGGUCAUCGACGAGGCGCAGGUGGAGCAGGACGCGCAGGUGCUGUUCCAGGCCGGAGAACUCAAGUGGGGCACGGACGAAGAGAAGUUCAUCACCAUCUUCGGGACGCGGAGCGUGUCCCACCUGCGCAGGGUGUUCGACAAAUACAUGACCAUCUCUGGCUUCCAGAUCGAGGAGACCAUCGACCGCGAGACGUCGGGCCAUCUGGAGCAGCUCCUCCUCGCUGUCGUGAAGUGCAUCCGCAGCGUGCCGGCCUACCUCGCCGAGACGCUCUACUACGCCAUGAAGGGCGCGGGGACCGACGACCACACCCUCAUCCGCGUGAUCGUGUCCAGGAGCGAGAUCGACCUGCUGAACAUCAGGAAGGAGUUCCGGAGGAACUUCGCCACCUCCCUUUACUCCAUGAUCAAGGGGGACACGUCUGGCGACUACAAGAAGGCCCUGCUGCUGCUCUGUGGGGGCGAAGACGACUGAGGGGCCGCACCUGAGGCCGCUGCACCGCCGCCCUCCGCACCGCUCGCCGCCCUCCGCACUCCACGGCCCGGCUGCGCCUCCCCCGCGCCGGCACCCCGACCCAGCCCCGGGCGCAGGAUUCCCGGGCGGGCUGCCCCCCCCCCGCCCCGCCCCGCCCCGCCCCAGAUCCCCCUGCUGACCGUGGCAGUCCCCACGCGCACUUAGGUACUGAGGCUGCAGUCUGCGACACUUCAGGUGCCCUUAGGAGGUCAGACUGCUUUUAGCCUCUUCAGCGACUUCACUGAUACUAACUCGAUAACCAUAUCACCUUAACUGGAAGCUUAGCCUUGACCUCGUGAACCCCAGGACGGCUCGGCAUCAAGGCCACCACUGAAUUAACCCUGGAGAAUCAUGGUAGCUGUAUGUGAAGAUUAGCCAUAAAUAAACGUGGCUUCUCCCUGCA